AUGGUAUUCAGCAGGUCCUCGCGAAGGAACCCUGUCGCUCGGUUGGCAAGCAGUGCCAAAGGCUGCCUUUCCAACGUAAAUGAAGCUAUCAACCGGUCAACGUUUGGCCGCAUUUUCCGCCUGCGCGGCUCAGGACAUCCCGAAGAGAUCCGCCAUGCAAAUUUCGCGACAGAAAUCCGCGCUGGCCUUACGACCUUUGCGACAAUGGCAUACAUUGUUGCCGUGAACGCCUCGAUUCUUGUUGCAACAAACGGUACAUGUGUCUGUGAAGACCCGAACAAGGACGGAACCUGCGCAGACCCGGAGUUCCAAGUCUGCCUCAAUGAACUGCACAGGGACUUUGUGACGGCAACUGCCAUCGUCUCUGGGCUCGCUUCGAUGACCUUUGGCUUUCUCACCAACAUGCCAGUCGCUUUGGCCCCCGGAAUGGGCCUCAACGCAUACUUUACGUACCAAGUCGUGGGGGUAGGAGGGACCGGCCCCGUUCCGUACCGAAUUGCUCUGACGGCGGUUUUCGUUGAAGGAUUCAUCUUCCUCUUUCUGGCACUAACCGGCAUGCGCCAAUGGCUCAUCCGCAUCAUCCCGGGGACCCUGAAGACGGCAAGUGGUGUUGGCAUAGGCAUGUUCCUUGCCCUGAGCGGCAUGUCAUACACGUCUGGCAUCGGAAUUAUCACGGCCGGUGGCGUAGCGACACCCCUCACGAUCGGAGGCUGUCCUGUAGAAGAUCUCGAUAUCGACGGGACCUGCAUGGCAAACGGGAUGCGGAGCCCAAAGAUGUGGCUUGGCAUCGUUAGUGGACUCAUCACUGCCCUUCUCAUGGCAUUCCGUGUCAAGGCCGCCAUCAUCGUCGGUAUCGCCAUCACAACUAUUAUAUCUUGGCCCCGCAACACAUCUGUAACCUACUUCCCCUACACAGACGAAGGCGAGGCGCGAUGGGACUUCUUCAAGCAGAUUGUGGCGUUCACUCCCAUCAAGCACGUCCUUGCGGCCCAGCAGUGGGAUCUGAGCGGUGCCAACGGUGCGCACUUUGCCAUGGCCCUUUUCACUUUCCUCUACGUUGACAUUGUCGACUGUACUGCAACGCUCUACUCCAUGGCGCGCUUCAGUGGUAAGACCGGUUCCGAUGGCGACUUUCCACGCUCCACAAUUGCCUACUGCACAGAUGCGGCAUUCAUCUCAAUCGGCUCCAUUUUCGGAUGCUCCCCGUCGACUGCCUUUAUUGAGAGCGGUGCCGGUAUUACUGAAGGUGGCCGCACGGGUCUAACCGCCAUUGUGACUGGCCUCUGUUUCAUCAUAUCCGUCUUCUUUGGCCCCAUUUUCGCCUCCAUUCCGCCCUGGGCGACUGGGACAACACUGAUAUUGGUAGGUUGUCUCAUGAUCCGACAGGUGACGUUUAUCAACUGGAGCUACAUUGGUGACGCCAUCCCAUCAUUCAUCACCAUUGUGUUUAUGCCCUUUAGCUACAGCGUAGCAUACGGUCUUAUGGCUGGCCUCUUCGUCUACGUCACCCUGAACAGCCUCAUAUGGGUUGUGAUGCGGGCAACUGGUGGGACCGUCGAGCCGCGCGAGUACGAUCUCAAGGAAUAUUGGACGUGGAAGCCGGCAGGCAUGAAACCAGCCGUGUUCCGUCUAUUUACGCGAGACCGGUAUUGGGGUGACAAAGAAAGUCUGCACGAAGACGACGAUGCAUUCAUCUUCCCCGACGACAGCAACGCGCAACCACUGCACGACCUGCAGACCACGUCGGCGACUUCGCCGGCCGAAAAGAGCCCUAGUUCAAUUCAUUCCACAAUUGAGCCGCCACCUAAAGCCAUCGUUGCAAGUCACCCGCACGCGUGA